AAUGGGAAGCUCCACGAUUUGGAACCCAAAAUAGAGCUCAAGCUAGUGGAACCAUGUCUUCUUGCGUCUGUUUCAUCUUCGUUUUCUUUUUCUCAUUCCACAGUAUCUUCAGAGCUUCUGCCCAAAAACCUUAUUACCUAAAUGGGGGCUGUCAAACCACGACAAGUUACUCAAGAAACAGCACUUACUCCACCAAUCUUCAAACCCUUUUUUCCUCUCUUUCUUCCCCUAACGCAUCUUACUCCACCGGAUUCCAAAACGCUACGGCGGGAAAUGUCCCCGACAGAGUCACGGGACUUUUCCUUUGCCGCGGAGACUACUCGCCCGAAAUCUGCCGUAGCUGCGUCGUCUUCGCCGUCAACGAAUCCUUAGUUCGGUGUCCGGAUAAGAGAGCAGCCGUGUUCUAUUACGAGGAGUGCAUCCUCAGAUACUCAGACGAGAAUAUACUAUCGACCGUUACAUACGACGGAGGGUUAAUCAUGGAGAACCCCAACAAUUUCUCUUCUAAUCAAAGAGACUGGUUCGUAGCUACGGUGUCGUCCACGUUGAACCAAGCUGCAGUCUUAACAGCUAAGAGUUCUAGAAAAUUUUAUACGAUCGAGACCGAACUGACCCCAGUUCAGACUUUGAACGGGCUGCUUCAGUGCACUCCUGAUCUUACAAGACAAGAGUGCUUGAGCUGUUUGCAAAGUUCUAUCAAGAAAUUGGAUCUUAGCAGAGUUGGUGGAAGAUAUGUUUAUCCUAGUUGUACUUCAAGGUACGAGCUUUACUCGUUCUACGAAGGAAAGGCCAUUAGAACACUACCACCAUCACCACGACCACCAUCACCACUACCAUCAUCACCACCGAUGCUGUCGCCCGCGCCAACGCCUUCACUACCUAAGAAAGUUGGGAAUUCAAAUGUGUUGGUGGUAGCCAUUGUUGUGCCCAUAGGGGUUGUUCUACUUUUCAUAGCUGGUUAUUGUUUCUUUGCAAAAAGGGCAAAGAAAAAUUCUGAUACUGCACCAAACUUUGAUGGAAAUGAUAUAACAACCAUAGAGUCGCUGCAACUUGAUUAUAGAAUGAUUCGAGCAGCAACAAAUAAGUAUUCAGAAAAUAAUAAGAUUGGUCAAGGUGGAUUUGGUGAGGUUUUCAAGGGUAUAUUUCCGAAUGGAACUCAAGUUGCAGUUAAGAGACUGUCAAAAUCAUCAGGACAAGGUCACACAGAGUUCAAGAACGAGGUUAUUGUAGUUGCAAAGCUUCAACACAGAAAUCUAGUUAGGCUUCUCGGGUUUUCUCUUGAAGGAGAAGAAAGGAUACUAGUCUACGAGUACGUGCCCAACAAAAGCCUUGAUUAUUUCCUCUGCGAUCCUGUAAAACAAGGUCAACUGGACUGGACUCGAAGACAGAAGAUCAUUGAAGGGAUCACUCGAGGGAUUUUAUAUCUUCAUCAAGAUUCACGGCUUACAAUCAUACAUCGUGACCUCAAAGCAAGUAACAUACUUCUGGAUGCGGAUAUGAAUCCCAAAAUUUCUGAUUUUGGAAUGGCGAGGAUCUUUGAGAUGGACCAAACCCAGGAAAACACAAGCAAAAUAGUUGGUACCUUCGGUUACAUGUCUCCCGAAUAUGCGAUACAUGGCCUAUUCUCAGUGAAAUCUGAUGUAUAUAGCUUUGGAGUGUUAGUUCUUGAGAUUAUAAGCGGUAAGAAGAACAUUAUCUUCAACGAGACAAACGACGCACAUGACUUGGUCACAUAUGCUUGGAGGCAAUGGAGUAAAGGAACAACAUUAGACCUCGUGGAUCCAGUUAUUAUAGAUAAUUGCCAAGAGAGUGAAAUAGUUCGAUGCAUCCAUAUCGGUCUUUUAUGUGUUCAAGAAGAUCCUGAAAAUCGUCCGAUCAUGUCAACCAUUUUUAUGAUGCUCACUAAUAACACUGUCACUUUACCAAUCCCUCAACAACCAUGGUUUUUCGUUCCUGAAAAAGAUUCGCUUGAUUAAGAUCUACCAAGUCUGUUCCAAGGUUUAUUGACGAUGCAUCAAUCGCACCAUUUUCAUAUUUACAUGUUUUUACUGUAAACACACUCUUUAUCUUGUUUACCAUUAGUACCUAUAUAAAAAAGUUUUACUAUUUAAA